UUCUUCGUGUUACCAUAACAACGAAAUAAUGAUUCGUAUCGAUUCAACAAUCUCCAUGACAACGAUAAAAAAAAAUUAAAACCUAACCUGAAAGGUAAUGCAAGUUGACGAUAUAUAAAUUUUAAAAAGAAAGAAAUGUCAGUGAAUAUAGAGGAGAUACUCAAACAUUUGGGUUGGACGGACGGUUUUCAAAUACCGAUCGCGAAUGCCGAAAAUAAGGCGUUGGAAGAAGAAUUAGCCAAACUCAGUUUACGUAAACAGAAAUGUAAAACGAGUUUGGACAUUGUCAACAAUAGAUUUCAAGCAUUAAACGAACAUUUCAAAUACGUUUCACAGGAAAAUGAACAGACGCAGAAACUCAUCACGGCGCAUAAACAACAUUACGACGCUUUGGAAAACGCUUAUCAUACUACUAAAGCGGAAAAUCAAAAUACAAUACGCGCUAUCAAAACCAAUACAAACCAAUUGAAAGAAUCCGAGGAAAUGCAGAAUCAACGGAAAAAUGAUCUCAUUAAACAAGUCGCUAAAGCUGAUAAACUUAAAGCGGAAAUGGAUUGGGAUGCGGAAGCUUUGAAAGCUUGGGAAGAAGCGUUGAAAAAACGAGACGAAGACAUCGAAUUAUUGAGGAAGUUUUUCAAGGACGAUGAUAGGAAAUUUAACCAGCUCGAAGCUAAAAGGCAGCAUCUUCAAGCGGAACUUGCGACGAUGAGGGGGAAAGUGGCUAAAUUGGCGGUCAACAGUGACAACUGUGAACACAUGAUAGAAAGAUCUGGAAAGGUUAUCAAACAAUUGACAGUCGAAAGGGACGCCCUCAUAAACCAAUGGAAAGACACGGUGAAGAUGCUGCAGCAGAGAGACAACGAUAUAAUUAGAACCCAAGAGGAAAUGUAUCACGUACAAGAGAUGAUACAGAAACAGGAAGAGAAACUCGAACAAGAAAAUAAAUUUUUGGAAAACGAAAAAAGAAAUAACCGGAAUCUGGAAUUGGAAAUACAGGAAGCCAAUAACGUUAACUCGAAAUUGAGACGGGAGAUGGCGGAUUUGUAUCAGAUGUUGUUGUUGAUGAACACAGACUAUCACACUUUAAAACGACAAGUCAGCGCCGCUGCACACCACCUUAAAAAUGAACGUCUCAAAGCCAAAAGGAUGGACGAAGUUUUCGCGGAAAAAGAAGUUUUGUGCGCCAAAUACGCCGACGAAGUCGCAAUUCUCGAAGAUAAAUUACACGAAACAAAAAAUUGUGCAAUGACGUCCGAAGAUCGAAUAAAACGAAUCGAAAAAAUGAUCGAACACGAAGAAAAACUGUACAACAUCAGCUUGGCCGACACCGAAAAAACCAACGGCGUACUUUUCAGAUCCGAACAGCAAUUAAAAGAACAAAAAGCCCUAGGAAAAAAUUUGGAAAUAGAAAUUAACACCGGAGCUUGUACGACUGCGCAGUUAAGGAAACACAUUCAAUCCGAACGGAAGGAAUUGGAUAGAAUCAAAGAAGUUGUUUACGAAAUGGAAUUUCGAAUCGACGAAUGCGAGAAGAAGCUUUACGAGCUGUCUGACGUGAAAUUCGUGGAAAUUUCCGAGGAAAAACAACAAAAAAUCCAAGAAUUAGAAAAAACGUUAUCGGAUCAUAAAGAGCUUCAACAUUCGCUCCAAAAUCAAGUGGAUCGAUUACGCGAGGAAAUGCGGAGAUUAACCACUGUCAUAGCCGCCGAUAAAGAAGUACUGGAAGCGUUGGAAAACAAAUGCGAAAAUUUCCUUUUGGUGUACGAGAUCAGUCAAAAACAAAUAGCUGCCGCUAAAAAAUCCAUUCAAGAAAAACAAGUCGAGGAAAAUAUGAUGAGACUCCGGAUAAAUCAAAUUGAAAAAGACAAGAAGAAAGAGGAGAAACAAAUUUUCAAUUUGGAGAAAUUUCGAUUGAAUCUAGAUCAGGCGAUGAAAGAGCGACAACUAGAAAUAAAUACCCAAAAAAUGAUUUUGCAAACGAAAAAACGAAACUUGGAAGAGGACAAGGGACGAUUGAAAGCCGAUAUUUCCCUAAGGAAAUUAAAAAUCGAUCAGUACCAAAAAAAAUACCAUCUGGCGUUAACCGGUUUAGGAAAAGACGAAGAAGGUCAAACGAUGUCCGUAACGCAUUUCAAAAUAAAAAAUGCUCAGGAGAAAUUCUUCCUUCAACAAGAAGGUGACGAGCUGGACAAAAAGAUAAAAACCGCCGAAAAGGAGAUAGUAGCACUGGAGAAUACUUUGAAAAUUAUAAAUAUUACCAAUAAUUCGUUUAAGAACAGCCUUUCUCCUGUUAAAGACACCGAUCCGGAAAUAAAAGACAUGAAAGAAUUACAAGACCAAUUGAAAGCUGCGAAUAAUGAACUGAAAUUACAUAAAACUGAACUAGCUGCAAAACAAAAGGAAUUUAGCGAAUUGGAACAACAGUUUCAAACGUUAGAGGGCGAAGUACAACAACACGAACAGGUUGUGCAAAAUUUGGAAGACGAAAUUUUUAACGUCAAAAAACAAGAACUGGAUAAAACUGAAAAGUUAAAAAGAGUCGAAUGCGAACUAAAAAAACUUGUAAAGCAACUAGAUAAAAAAGAUAAACAAGAUUUAUACAAAUAUAACAGAGACUUUGAAAUUCGUCAUUUACAAGAAACGAACAAGAGAGUUUUGGACCAGUUCAGGGAAUUUACGAUAACCUAUCCCGAAAUGUCACCGAUGAUAACGAAAUAUCUAACGGAAAAUAAUUUGGAAUUGCCCGAAAAUAAAAAGACUCCCAGUAGUUAUUCUACUCUAUCGACACCGAGUUUAUGUAAUUCCACCGAAAUACAGAACACUCAGAGAUCCACUGCUUCGCGCGAUUCCAGUAGUUCAAAUGUAUCAUUGAAUAAAAUCGAACUCGCUUUGAAAAUCUAACAAAUGGUGCGUUUUAUGUAGAAUAAAAUGUAUGAGAAAUUAGAUUCCCAUUUUAGUUUCACUAAAAAUUAAUUAAAAACAAAUAUAUAUAUAAA